AUGUCUCGUCCCACGUACUCCGCGUUCCAGAGACAUCUCCUCUUCUUCUCGACACCCACAUCUCCACCCCGGCUUACCUUCGGAUCCGCCCUCCGCGCAGGCGUAUCAAUCGGCCUAGACUUCCCCGUCGCAGUCCUGCUGAGCCUAUCCCUCCGGCUCAUGUACGCGCCCUUCCCCUUCCUCUGGUCCCCCAUCAUCGUCGAUAAGAUCCCAGCGUCAGCACAUCGCACACAAUUGAGCUCCGUCACUCUACCAAAGGGAAAAGCCGAUUAUACCUGCACCGAACUGCUAUCUCUUCUCAACAAUAGCGUCGAGGAGAGCCAGGGCAAGGGCUGGUUGAAGCACAAGAUCGAUCAGGGGCAUGUGGUGGGGUUUUGGACGAUGGCGGCUAGUGCAAGGACGCAUACUGUUAGGAGGGAUGAUGUCGAGAGGUUUCAGCAGGGGGAGUGGGAGGAGCCUGUUGUUAAGAGGAGACGGGGGAGAGACGAUGUGUUGCCGCUUUGGAGGGGUGGGCCGAUAUGGGUUGGGGGGCAUAGUUGGGCUGUCUGGAAGGUUCUUGGAGUGAGGGUUUAUGAGGAUAAGGGACGGUAG